GAAGAAGAAGAAGAGGAAGAAGAAGAAGAAGAAGAGGAAGAAGAAGAAGAGAGGCAGGAAGGGCUGAUCGAGUUCUACGGCUCCUUCAAGGAGAUGUUUGAGUUUUUCUGCAAGAACACGACGAUCCACGGCACCACCCGGCUGGUGUGCUCGGGCAGCACGCGGGGGCAGCGCGCGCUCUGGACGCUGCUGCUGCUGGCCAGCUUUGGGAUGCUCUACUGGCAGUUCGGCCUCAUGUUCAGCCAGUUCUGGUCCUACCCCGUGGUUCUCACCAUGUCCAUGCACUCCGAGCCCAAAAUGUUCCCGGCUGUCACCGUCUGCAACCGGGAUCCCUACAGGUUCGAGCAGGUCAGGGAACAUCUGGAGCAGCUGGACAGGAUGGCAGAGGAGGCGCUGAGGUUCCUGUACGGCAGCAGCUUCUCCUCGGGGAACGGGAACAACGGGAACAACAGGAACAACGGGAACAACGGGAACGGGAACCGCAGCAGCUCCGGGUUCCGGCUCAGCCACGACUUCUCCCUGGUCAGGAUGACCCAGAUCAGGGCCGGGAGGAAACGCUCCAGUGUGGGAUUCCAGCUGUGCAAUUCCACCGGCGGCAGUUGCUUCUUGCAGAGCUUUUCCUCGGGGCUGGAGGCGGUGCUGGAGUGGUACCGGUUCCACCACAUGAACAUCGCGGCGCAGCUGCCGCCGGCGCGGAGCGGCCCCGAGCCCGGGGAGCGCCCGCGGGACACGGUUCAGUCCUGCCAGUACGACGGGGAGCCCUGCCGGCCCGGUGAUUUUGUUCACUUCCACCACCCAAUUUUUGGGAGCUGCUACACUUUUAACAGCAAGGGGACAGAUCCCUUCUGGACAGCCACAAAACCAGGAAUUCCUUAUGGGCUGUCGCUGCUGCUGCGGGCCCAGCAGAGGGGGCAGCUGCCGCUGCUGUCGCCCGUGGCCGGGGUGCGGGUGCUGAUCCACCGCCACAACCAGAGCCCGUUCCUGGAGCACGAGGGCUUCGACAUCCGCCCGGGCAUCGCCACCACCAUCGGCAUCCGCCAGGACGAGGUGAACCGCCUGGGCGGCAACUACGGCAGGUGCACCAGGGACGGGGCAGACGUGGCCGUGGAGCUGCUCUACAACAGCUCCUACACCCUGCAGGCCUGCCUGCACUCGUGUUUCCAGCAGCUGAUGCUCCAGCAGUGUGGCUGUGGGUAUUAUUAUUACCCCCUGCCCGCCGGGGCGCGGCCCUGCGACUACAGCCGGCACCCGGGCUGGGGUCACUGUUUUUACCAGCUCUACUCCCAGCUCAGGAAUCACCACCUGAACUGCUUUGAGCAGUGCCCCAAACCCUGCAGGGAAUCUCUCUACAAGGUCUCAGCUGGCACAGCCAAGUGGCCCUCGGCAAAAUCCCAGGACUGGGUGCUCCAGGCCCUGAGGCACCAGAACGGCUUCAACUCCAGCAGCAGCAGGGACAUUGCCAAGGUCACCAUCUUCUACCAGCAGCUCAACUCCCAGGCCGUGCACGAGGCCCCGCUGCUCUCGGAGAACCUGCUGCUGUCCAGCAUGGGCAGCCAGUGGAGCCUGUGGUUCGGCUCCUCGGUGCUGUCGGUGGUGGAGAUGCUGGAGCUGCUCCUGGACGCGCUGGUGCUGUCCCUGCUCUGCUGCCUGCGGAGCCUCCGCCCCGGGAAUUCCCGAAAUUCCCGAAAUUCCCAAAAUCCUGCAGCCCCGGGGAUCCGGGAAUCCUGCAGCCCCGGGAAUUCCCAAAAUCCUGCAGCCCCGGGAAUCCGGGGGGCGGGGUUUGGGGCAGGAGCUCAGAACUGA